AGUGUUCUUAAGCCUAAUGUGUGUUUACAAAGUUUAUUUUAAACACGCCGUCAGUAAGCAGCUGAGUUAACUGGGUAAUCCGUGAUGGUGGGUGCCAGCUAAAGGAGCACGUGGUCAUCAGUUGUUUCUCUGUAGAAUUAUUUACCCAAAACUGAAAUUAGAUGGACUUUAUGCUUCUCCCCUUCUCCAUACCUUACCCUGAAUACUACCGGUACAUGGAUUUCUCCAGAGGAGGCAUACCAUAUACGUCUAACUGUGAAAGAAUGCUUGACUCUAGAGAUCGCAAUGCAAAGCAGGUGACAUCUUGUGGCAAAAAUUGCGUACAGGUGUUGAAUCACAAACCGCAAACAAUACAAGCUUUGAGUGGAACGCACAACCCAUGUACAACUUCUCAACCUACUAGCCUGGCUCUACCAAUCACAAAAGUUGAGGUUCAGCCGGUGUCAAAGGUCCAUUUGGGUUACAACAUCCAUCAGCUGAGUAAGUUGAAGCGAUUCUUGACUACUCUGCAGCAAUUCGGGAAUGACAUCUCACGCGACGUAGGCGAGCGCGUGCACAGUCUCAUCUUGCUUUUAGUGAAUUCGGCUAUAAGCAUUGAAGAGUUUCAUCAGAAAAUUCAAGACAUCACGAACUGUCCUCUUCGGCCAUUUGUUGUUCCUUUCCUAAAGUCUCAUUUGCCAAUGCUACAAAACGAGAUCAUACAUUUUGCUCGUCUCGCCAAACAGACACCACAACAAUACCUGAGACAAUAUGAACAGGCUGUUUUGGACUCAGUGGCGCACCCUAGUGGCGAACCUUUUGAAAUAUUUCAAUCAAAUUCCAAGGAAACCAGAAAGAGGCGCACGCCAUCCACCAAUGACUACAAGCGGCCACAAGAAAACGGAUAUAGUGAUACAAGGUCCAAAGGUCCUUCGCCACCUAAACGCCAUCAUCAUUUACCGAAUCCUCCUUUUGUGUCCGGACUAAGCCCAAAGAUCACAGCCAAUCACGAGAAGUGUAAUAUGAGCUUCAGCUUCGACGAUUCUGUCCAUGAUGUUAGAGCUAAAGAACGAGACCUUUAUGAAAAAACCUUUCAAAAAGAGCUCUCAGAAGAAAAAGAAACGGAAGAUGAAUGGAGAAACAUAUACACA